CCUAACAAAUGAAAAAAUAAUGCCCUUGAACAAGGAGUGAAACUGAACUAUCUAAGGAAAACACCGUGAGCAAACACUGAGCCCCAGAGAAAGCGUCUGAUUAGCAGAGCUCCCCUCGGGCAGCACACGCUGGGCGCCCAGCUUUGGCUGCAGGAAGGCGGCAGGGCCAGGGCUGCGGCCAUGUCCACCACCACGUGCCAAGUGGUGGGCUUCCUCCUGGCCUUGCUGGGCCUGGCCGGCUGCAUCGCUGCCACGGGGAUGGACAUGUGGAGCACCCAGGACCUGUACGACAACCCCGUAACCGCCGUGUUCCAGUACGAAGGGCUCUGGAGGAGCUGCGUGAAGCAGAGCUCGGGCUUCACCGAGUGCCGGCCCUACUUCACCAUCCUGGGCCUUCCAGCCAUGCUGCAGGCCGUGCGAGCCCUAAUGAUCGUGGGCAUUGUGCUGGGCGCCAUCAGCAUCCUAGUGUCCAUCUUCGCUCUGAAAUGCAUUCGCAUUGGUGGCAUGGAGGACUCUGCCAAGGCCAAAAUGACACUGACCUCUGGGAUCAUGUUCAUUAUCUCAGGUAUUUGUGCAAUAAUUGGCGUGUCCGUGUUUGCCAACAUGCUGGUUACUAAUUUCUGGAUGUCCACAGCUAGCAUGUACGGCACCAUGGGUGGGAUGGUACAGACUGUUCAAACCAGGUACACCUUUGGAGCAGCCCUCUUCGUGGGCUGGGUUGCUGGAGGCCUCACACUCAUUGGGGGUGUGUUGAUGUGCAUUGCCUGCCGGGGCCUGGCACCUGAGCAAACCAGCUACAAAGCCGUGUCUUAUCAUGCCUCGGGCCACAACGUUGCCUACAAGCCUGGAGGCUUCAAGGCCAGCACUGGCUUUGGAUCUCCCACCAGGACCAAGAAGAUAUACGAUGGGGGUGCCCACACGGAAGAAGAGGCACAGUCUCACCCUUCCAAGUACGACUAUGUGUAAUGUUCCAAGAUCCCUGGGCACAGGCAGGAGAAACUGUUCCUCAAAGACAGCUCACCCAAAAACCAAGGAGAUUCUACCUUGACCCUUCGUUGUUUUUCAUUCACAGUUGGAAGUUAGUAAAGACUUGAUUUCAUCUGCAGAGAGUCCAGAUGGUCUUAGCCACAUGCGUCUCUGUCUCUAAAUAUUCCAUCUCAAAACAGCUGAGUUACCAUUUAUGAAUUAGAAGUUAUGUAGCUCACAUUUUAUAAUUCUGUUUCUUUUUUAAAAUAACUUUUUAAAUCUGCUGUAGAAUGUGGUUUGACUUCCUGACACUUUGAUGAUUUAAACAGAGCGUUCCUCCUCCUUCUAUUUAACAAAUGCAUUGAUGAUCUAUUUCCCAGCUUAUAGCAAGACAAAAUUUUUUUUGAAAGGAAAGAAAGCAAUGAGAUCAAAAGACAUUAUUUUCUACUAUUUGAUUAUUUUCCUGUCUUUAUCUUCAACUUGGCUACUAGUAGACACUAAUUGGAGAAAAAAAUGAAAGGGGAAAGAUAUUUUUAAUCUCUCCAGACCAUUCUCUGUGUUUUUUUACACUGUGAUCUUAAAAGUUACUGGACCAAAGUGAUUUUUACUCUGAGGCAACCUAGCGUUUCUGGUUCUGUUGGCAUCUGCUGAAUUCCAGCAAGACCAUCCCAGCGGUUUCCUGGGCUCUCCACUGGAGGUCCUCCUCCUGUGACAAGUCAGAAAUGGUCCCUAGUGGAACGAUAAAAGGAUUUAUUUUGUAGUCUAAGUUCUAAAUAUAGUUAGAAUAAGUAAAGCAUUAGCAUGAUGAUACACUGUAACUGUGAAUUAGUCUCACCCCUAAAUAUAGAUAGAAGAAAAUGAAAAAAUUAUUGCUUUUGAUGUUGUCUGUAUUGUACUCUGUAAAGUCACACAGAAGUCCAAAUUCUAAUUCGUUCCUUUUGAGGUCUCCAUGGUCCUGACUUCACAUAAUAAUGAGCACAACCCAUGUUAAUAAUAAUAAUAAUAAUAAUGGAAUACAGCAAGUCCUCAGAAAGUGGGUUAAAAAUCAGCUCUUUUAAGAAAAUGGUAAGCCUAAAUUUAAUGUUAUGUGUUCACACUUACAAGCUACGGGCCGCUGCCAGGUGAUGGCAGCCGCUAAUUGACACCAUGCUUAGUUUCGUUACUCUUGACAGCUGUUUCCUUCACCAGAUUCAUCUAGAGUGGGUGGAACAGUGGAUGUGUAGGCCAAGCUGAAAGUUCUUUGCAACCAUGUGCCUCCCCUGGGCUUGUUCACUGCUGCUUUCAACAGAAAACCUCAGUCAAUUCCUUCUGGGACACAAGAAUCCCUUCCCACCACCAAAACCAGAACAGGCUCCCUGGGAAAUGGAAGCAGGGUGAUCUCUUAAAACUACCAAACCGGGGAGUAGCAACAGUGCUAUGAGACUGGCCCUCUGGUUAUUAUUUGGGGGAAAAGCCCUUACAUCAAUAGUGUAUAUGAAAGCAGCUUCCAGAGGGCUUGGCGAAUAUUCAGAGGUCUUCAGGCUGAACAAACUAUGUUUCAACAAACACCACAUCAUGGUUCCUUGAGCAGUCGGAGCUGUGGUCACCAAGAACUAGAGAAGUAAACUCAAAGAUCUUCCCAUUGCAGCGGUUUUAUGCCAGUUUUGACAGGGCACUCCAGGAAUUGAUUGCCUGAGGUAAGGUAAAAAAUAAACAGAUAAAUAAAUUUGAGGGGGAAAAAUGAAGGAUGAGUAAUCUAGAGCACAGAUUGUUAAGGGUUCUCAGGACCUAAGUUGAAGGUAUCCCUUUGAGUUGAAGACUGUGAGCAGAGAGUUCUGCCCCACCCCCAUCAGAAAUUUCCUGACCAGAUCUGAGGCAUUGAGAUUCAGUUGAGUUUCUUAUUCUCUACCCACAUUCGUUGUUUAAAAGUCUCUAUAUAGUUAGAUUGUGCUUUAUAAUAUUUUGUUGUUGGUCUGUCUUAUUGUAUAUGCAUUGAGUAUUGACCUGUAUGUUUUGGUAAUUAAAAAUUAAAAACACUGCUUUCUUCCAUUUGAA